AUGUUAGGCCGAAUUUCUGUUGUAAAGUUGCAGGCAUUAGCCUCUGAGUUGAAGGCGGGUUUCACAGAAGCGAUGCAGGAGCUGUCACGAAUCCAGCAUGGCGAGUACGCCCUGGAGGAGAAGGUCAAGAGCUGCCGCUGUGCCAUGGAAGAGAAAGUGGCCGAGAUGAAGAAUUCCCUCAACACAUUCAAGGAGGAGCUGAGCGAUGCAAAGUCAAUGAUUGAAGAAAUCAGUGCCAAGCAGGAGGAAAUGCAACAGAAAAUUGAGCAACUGCAGCAAGAGAAACGGCGGGAAUCACGGAAAGUGAAAGCUAAAAGAGCACAAAAGGAUGAUCAUGGGUCACAGACAGUGCCUACACCUCUCCAGGGCAGCCCAUUUCGAUCCAUUAACCUCCCAGAACCUGUGCUGAUCAAUGAAGAUUUUACAAGUCUUUUACACAACGUGACUUAUGAAAAAGUGUCUGACACCAGGAUCAUGCCAAUGGGAGAAGGAAGUGUGAAAGUCAUAGCAGGUCCAGGAGCAACCAUAGAGGCAGAUGACAGCCUCAAGCCUUCCUUGACUGUAACAGAGGGGCAGUCGAAAGUGCAUCUGCCAUCAACAGUGUGGAAGCAGCCCAAGGACACCAAGGACUGGGGAGAUGAAUACAUUUCCAAAGAGCAACCAGAGAGAGGGAAAGACAUGGGCCAAAGCAGAUACAGCUCAGCAGACAACAUUAUAUGUGAACCCUCUUUGGCUGCUAAAAGACAGAACAUCGCUUUGGAGCUGCUGGAGUCAGAAAGGAAAUAUGUCAUCAACCUUUCCCUAAUCCUGAAGAUCAAGGCCACAUUGCAAGGGCCAGAUGUGAAAAGGAACACCAAAGAGAGAAGUUUCUUCCCCAACUCUUUGCGGUACCUGGUCCAGCAGCAUGUAGAUUUACUUCAUGCUCUACAGGAGCGAGUCUUGAGCUGGCCACGACAAGGGAUCCUAGGAGACAUCUUCCUGAAGUUAACAAAUGAUGAGAAUAAUUUUCUGGACUACUAUGUUGCUUACCUGAGGGACCUGCCAGAAUGCAUCUCUCUGAUCCACGUGGUGAUCCUGAAGGAG